UUUUUUUUUUUUUUUUAAAAUUUCCUCAAUUUAUAUUUACCAUGAUAACUUUAAACUUUGUUAUAAAAACACCAAUCAUGUCAUAGUUCCAAAUUCCAACAACACAGCUGAAAAUAUCUUUCCAAAAAUAAAAACAAGUAGUACAACUUAUCUUGUAUUUGAAAUUCUAGAAGAAAAUGGCAGAUCAGUUGACUGAUGACCAGAUCUCUGAGUUUAAGGAAGCAUUUAGCUUGUUUGAUAAGGAUGGAGAUGGUUGCAUCACUACUAAGGAGCUUGGGACUGUGAUGAGGUCGCUGGGACAGAACCCGACUGAAGCUGAACUCCAGGACAUGAUAAACGAGGUGGAUGCAGAUGGUAAUGGAACCAUCGACUUCCCAGAGUUUCUAAACCUCAUGGCCAAGAAGAUGAAGGAUACAGAUUCCGAGGAGGAGCUGAAAGAGGCAUUCAGGGUUUUCGACAAGGAUCAAAAUGGCUUCAUCUCGGCUGCUGAGCUUCGCCAUGUGAUGACUAACCUUGGGGAGAAGCUCACUGAUGAAGAAGUCGAUGAGAUGAUUAGGGAAGCGGAUGUCGAUGGUGAUGGUCAAAUUAACUAUGAAGAGUUUGUUAAGGUCAUGAUGGCCAAGUAAUUCCACCACCCUCUUGUUAAAAGUUUAAGUUUAGACUUGUUAAAAUUUGUGAAAAAAUGCCAAAAAAUGUUUCAUUGGAUAGGAUGUGCUUAGUAUAAUGUAUGUUUUUACCAUCUCUAGAUGUAUUGGACCUUGAAUGAAUGUAAUGUUUUAUUGUAAGGGUAGUGUAAUCUCUCUUCUUUCUCUUGA